GGCCUGCCAAAAACUGUCAAAUACUCCUUGAAAUGGCUGAAAUUGAAAGCAUACUGAUUCAAUUGCGUGCUCGCCUGCAGGAGCGCAACAUCAAGUUGUGGGAGGCGCCGUAUUACGUGGAGAACGUGGGCUGCAAUGAGGCAGCUGUGGAAGAGCUGUGCCAGGAGCUGAGCACUGAGCUGCAUAUCUCUGCAACUAGUUGCAAGAGUUCGCUGCUGGAGUUGCAGCAACACGCGUUGCGCAAACUCGCCGCACGUCGUCAAUUCGAUGCGACGGGUCUGGCCACAUUCCAAGUGCGUUGCGUGGACAGCCAAGGUGGCACAUGCCACACGCUGCAGUUGAAGUGUGAUCUCAACGAAAUCGGCGCCCAUCUGCAGCGGCAAAUUGCUGAGCAGCUGCAACUGUCGGAAGCGGAAGCGGCUCAUGUCAAAUGCAUUUCAGCUGGACGCUUGCUGACGCCACAGGCCACAUUGCAAUCCCAGGGUGUCAGGAACAAUCAGCAGCUCCUUGUCAUUGUCGGCCAGUCGGAUGCCACCGGUGAGGCACUCUACGAGCGUAUACGGCACAUACAGCUGGAUGUGGAAAUGGUUGUCGAUGCGCAGCAUCGUUUGGUUGAGCUGGAGGAUCAGGAUGGCAAUGCCAUGUUUCUGCCACCCGACGAGAAUCGCUCGCUGCUGCUGGGCAUGGGCUUGUGCGAGAAGGGACGUGCCGCCAUGCGGCGAGAGCAAUAUGAUGAGGCACUCUUGCUCUUCCUCGAGGCGGAUGAGAGGUUUGGCAGCUGUGACUCAAAGUUUCUCGAAUCUGUGGAUAACUAUGCGCUACUCAAUUUGGAUAUUGUUUGGUGCUAUCUGUGCCUGAAGCACAUCGCACAACUGCCGGACGCACAACGUCGUCUGGAUCUGUGCGAGCGCCUCUUUCGUCGCAGCUAUGGCGAGAACAAUAGUCGCCUCUAUGCCCUCAAGGGCACAAGUUGUCCGGAACGUGCGCUCAUCAUGCGACUUCAGUUGCUUCAGGGCGUUCUUCUCUUCCAUCAGAAUCGCCGGGAUGAGGCCAGACUGCGUCUGCAGGCAGCUAGCGCAGCCUUGGUUGAGCUCAGGGUCAACACGGAGCAGCUGGAGCUGCUGCUGGAUAUGGGCUAUGAGGUCGCCGAUGCGCGUCUGGCUCUGCGUUCCUGCAAUGGCAAUGUGGAGCGGUCGCUGGAGUUUAUCCAGCAACGGCGUCAGCGUCUUCAGGCUGCACGGCACAGCUCCGAUGCGGAUCGCCGGCUCGAGCAGCUGCAGUUGAGCAGCGGUCUGCAGGAUUGGGUGCAUCCGCGCAGCGUUUGUCGCCUAAUGGAAAUGGGCUAUGAACGUUCGCUUGUGGUGGAGGCACUGCGUCGCACAGACAACGAUCUGGCGCGCAGUUUGGAUCUGCUGCAAUCGCAUUCGGAUGAACUGCGUCGACAUCUGCCCGCCACACAGCCAGUCAAUGAGCAAAUGCUUAAUACCCUAUGCGAACUCGGCUUUAAGCGGCCCUCGGCUCGUGCUGCCCUAGAAACAACACAGAAUAAUAUGGAUCGGGCCAUUGAUUUUCUACUGAAGAGUUUUGCCAGCGAGCGAGAGCUGAAUACCAUGAUUGAGUUCAUAUCGAAAUGGAGCACUGAAGCAUUUAAUGACCCCACUGCGUCCACCUCAAUGGGGCAGCCAGCAGCCAGAUUAACGGCAAGCAAACUGGCCUUGGUGCAAUCUGUGCUGAGCAAAGCCAAAGCCGAAAUGGUAUCUUUUGGUGCCUACAAGCGUUUCAAUGAGGAUUUGCCGAGCAACGAGCAGGACUAUUUGGAUUUGCCACUCGACCAGGAGCAGCGCAUACUCAACGAGUACCAACAGCUAUUGGAAAAUUGAA